AUGUUACAUAAAGGGCCUUGUAAAGAAGAAGUUCUGCUUGUCGCAAAUACCGCUGCUGCUGUUGCCGCUACUGCUACUGCUACCGCUGCUGCUGUUGCCGCUACUGCUACUGCUACCGCUGCUGCUGUUGCUGCUGUUGCUGCUGCUGAUUGCGCAAUACCUUAGUAACCGAAAGUGAACUGAUCAUGGCCUAUUUGCGUUGCAUAUUUUGCAUAAACCUAUGGAUAAAUAGACUAGCAGACAGACUGACAGAUGUAGAAA